CUUGCCCGAGGGCUUUCUCCCCGUCGCGCAAAGCGAAUAAGCUCCGGCUAGUUCGUCUGUGUAUCAUCAGCCGCGGCCAUCGACUCGUGCCGAUCCGACCCGUGCACGUGGGACAGCAGUUGACACCGCUAUCGAAAGGGGACACGCCUCCAGUCUGACCAAUCACAAUGGGCCAGUGCUGUGGAAAAGAAGCGCCACGCGGCGGUCAGAUGUCUUCUGGCAACCACUCAUUCCAGCAGACAGUGACUCGCGUAGAUGGGGGCGUGGUCACCACCACCACCAGGACUCAGCGCAUCGUGCAGGUCUCUGAGACAUCGUCGGGAUUUCCGAACGACAUCUUCGAGAAAGGCUGCCAGGUGAAAAGGACCGUGGUGAAGCGCACAAUCAAGCAGCACGCGGACGGUACCGAGGAGGUGAUCGAGGACGUUGUCACCGACGACGGUGGCCCCGAAGUUCACGAAAAGUCCAAAAAAGGUAUCUUCGGCUUCCUAAGCGGCAAGAAAGACAAAAACAAGACAACUGUCGAGGAGCUGCCCAACGACCGACAGGCACUGGUCAAGCCCAUAGGCGAACGGAAGGCCCCGGCCAAGCCCCUCAGUGACAAGGAGUUCCGGCAAGACAGCCUCAAGUGGCACAACCACUACAGGGCCAUCCACGGUGUCCCGGCGCUCAAGCACAGUGAUGAGCUCUGCCGGUACGCGCAAGAAUGGGCUGAUACGCUGGCCAAGAAGGACACAUUUUGUCAUCGUCCGAACAACAAGUAUGGCGAGAACAUUUACAUGGCUUGGUCAUCGGACCCCACCAAGGUGGUGACAGGGCAAGAAGCAGUCGAUUCGUGGUAUAGCGAGAUCAAGCAGCACCAGUUCGGCUGCGAGCCGCGUAGCCUCGGCUCCGGUCAUUUCACGCAAGUUGUCUGGAAGGCCAGCACAGAGCUGGGCACGGCCCGCGCCCGCACAGCUACUGGCAAGCUGAUCGUUGUGGCCAACUACAACCCCGCAGGCAACCUCAUCGGAUCCUUCGCCCAGAAUGUGCCGCCGCCCAAGAAGUGAGCAUGGCGCCAUCGCAGAUGAGCGCAUGGCUGCUUUGCAAGAUUGUAUAUAUACGAGCUAUUGGAAAGUCUGCAUUUCCUGGUUCAGAAAGUUCGCUUACCAAAAAAUCCUUUCUGCACAGUAUUACCCGCAUUAUUACAAAUAAUCUUGGUGUCAAGUGCCAAUGUCAACGUAAGCAUUACUGCAGUGUCUAUGCACCGUUUUGGUCCAGUAAAGGAGAGCAUAAGCAUUAGAGAACAAAAUCCAAACAUAUGUUUACAACGACGCAUGAGAUGGUCUGCCAGAGCAGCGAAAUGUCUGUUUUUAGAACUGAAGGACACUAUGUGAUCGCAAAGUUUACGUGAGCUGUGUUUAAAAGUCGCUUAAAUACGUCUGCUUAGAUGCAAAUGUGAGUAGACACCAGUGUAUUCUAAAGCUGCCAUGACUAAGGCAUCAACCGCAAGUUUCUAAACCAUUAUUUUCAGAGCACAAACAUAUAUAUUUACUAUGUAAAUUGUAUCGUACCAGUGUUUUUGCACGUGUAAGCUUUUAAAGGUUUUUAUAUGUGCACUUGAGCUAUUAGUGCUUGACAUGUCACAUUCGCAUGAAGACACACUAAACAACUCUCAAAGAAAGAAUGCAGAGAGAGGCACAUGAGACUGGGCCAGUCAUAGAGCUGAUACCCUUUUCCCACCUUAUUUGUUUUGUUAAGCAUACACACUCAAAACUUAAUGAGAAGUGAAUGUUUAAAUUAAAGCGCUCCACAGCAGUUUUUGUUUUGAUGUAGAUUCUUCAUCCUGCCUUCAGGACAUUAUGGCUUCCUUUCUAAAAUCUGUGUGAGGCUUUUCCAUAUUCCUCUGCUUUUUCCAAGGCCAAAUAUACAGUUGCCAAAGUUGCAAAUGUAGUGUCUUGAGAAUUUAACUAUAAUAUUCUGACAACGAAUAAAAAUAAGCAAGGAAUCAUGACCUGUGUUAUAUUGUAACAUAGUUUCACUAAAUUUGUGGAAAAGAACUCCUGCUGGAGGAUAAAAGCAUACCAGUUGUCUCUACUUCAACAUUCCUGUAUGCAUUGGCAUCAGUAUUCUGUGUGAGUAGAUAAAGAGAUCUAUGCUGAUAAGUAAAUAACAGGUAGUGAGUGAGCAUGAUCAAUUUAGUAGCAAGAUCUCCAUUUCUGAACACUGCAUAAUGCAGGAAGCAUGCACUAUAAUUGGUCUCUAAUGAUGUGUACAUUGUAGCUGAAAUUGACGUCAAGGGCAGUUUUGUAACACAAGGCAAGAUGAUUUAUGUAUCUGGAUUGGUUGGUUUUACAAGAUGAGUGUUGUAGGGUGUGAAUGCCGAAAGACAACAAGACAACCUCCAAAUUGCAGUUUAAUGUUCAUGUUCCAUAUUGCAUUAACGUGGUUGUGACCACUUUAGCCUCUCAACAUGUGUGACAAGACUGAAUUUUAUAGAAUGUUAAAACCAAAAGCUUUUUUUUCAAAACACCCACUGCAUUUGAGUAGCCAUCACAGAUUUGCUACUGUUUGUUUUCAUGCCAAAUAGCAUGAAAACACGGAACUUGUAAAAAAGCUUCGUGUAGCUAUUUUUUUCACUUUAAGCAUCUCCUGAAUAUGAAAGGUGGGUUGUACUUGUGCCCAUGAUCAAACCUGCUGAAGUAUUACAGGGCAUUCAAAAGACAUUACAAAAUGAAGAAAGUAUAUUUGUGGGCUGUCUCAUUGCCACACAGUGAUCAUCGUAUAUUUCUGACUAAAGUGAUUGCAAGUAUCUUGUUUACUUGUAGCACACAACAUUCCUUGCUUAAGCACACACUAUGCCCAAUGUAUGAUAUUAUGGUUCGCUUUCGUGCGUUGGGUCAGAGACCAAAGAGUGGUGUAUUGUUUUUUCUAUGCCUUUUUUUGAGAAAUAAAGUUGUUUUGUUGGAUCAGUUUACAA